UUUAUUAAAUUCAACUCCAUAAGUCCCACCACCCUCCUCUGUUUUUCUUCUCUCCCCUGUUUCACACUCAUUCAUAAUGCAAAUAUACACACUUAAGUCUCAGCCACUACAAUUCUACAAACUCCAAAUGGGUUAAAGUUUUCUGUUGACAAAAAAAAAAUAAAAAAUGAAGAUCACAGAUGGGUUUGCUAGUUCAAUUGAUUGUCAGUUGACUACUGAUCACCAGCUGCACCACCGCCGGAAGAAAACAAGAACUCCGGUAAAGGGUGGAAGUGGAUCAGCCUCAGCCAAUCAAUUCUUGGUGAGUAAGUUUAAUAGCCCUUCGAUGGAAAUGGAAUGCAGAGGAUUUGAGUUUUUUAAUGGUGGGGCAAAGAUGGGUGUUUCUGCCAGAAAGCUCGCCGCUGGCUUGUGGCAUUUGGCGGCGGAGUUCGACUCGGCUGGUGGCGGUUCUGGCGGCAUGAAGCGGCAGUGUGGUUCGAUUCAUCCGCUCCCUUGUUGGAUACCAAUCCCUAAAUCUGUGAUGGAGGGAGCUACAAAGUGGGAUCCUGGCCACUUCAAAACGUCCAGAGAAGUAAAUCAUUCCAACAACCUUGUAAAGCUUUAUGAACGUCAACGUACUGCUACUACCUCACUUGCUCCUGCUUUACAAUUAGUUGAACUAAUAAGAGCAAGAAUUCACAUUCAAGAGCUAGAAGCUGACAGGAGGCGUCUUAGAAAGAAAUUCAAACACUUUGCGAGGAAGCUGAAUGAAGAAAGAAGCUCAUGGAUGAGAAAAGAAUGUCAGAAGAUGCAUGCUAUAGUUGAUCACUUAAAAGAUGAUUUGAGAAGAGAAAGAAGAAACUCUAAACAGUUGGAUAUUGUGAAUUCCAAAUUGCUGGUUGAUCUAGCUGAUUCAAAGUUAUCUUCGAGACAAUAUAUGCAUGAUUAUGAGAACGAAAGAAAAUCUCGACAGUUAUUGGAGGAUGUGUGCAAUGAGCUAGUCAAGGAGAUUGAAGAGGACAGAGCGGAAAUUGAAGCAUUGAAGCGUGAAAGUGCCAGACUUGAGGAGGAAGUGGAAGAAGAGAGAAAAAUGCUUCAAUUGGCUGAGGUUUGGCGCGAAGAACGGGUUCAAAUGAAGCUGAUUGAUGCAAAACUACUUUUAGAAGAAAAAUAUUGCCUGAUGAGUAAUCUUAUAUCAGAACUUCAGAGCUUUUUGAGAGCUAACAAUGUAACUGUGGGCAUGACUGACUUAAUUGAAGUGCAAGUGGUCAAGCAGGUUGUUGACUCAUUGAACAUCCAAGAAACAAAGGAGUUCUGCUCAAGCUCUCCAAUAUUAAAUGACAUAUAUACACUUAAUGAGGGUUCUAUUAUAUGUGAAGCGUCAAAACUGGGAACUAAUACCUUCGCUGAUUAUAGUACUCCUUGUCGUUCCUCUGCAAUUCAAAUUGUUGGUACUGAGGUUAGUAAAACAUGUGCUAUGACCACCAGCAGCGAAUGUUUGAAUAGCGUUAUUGAUCACGACCAGAGUUGCAAAGAUGAAAGUGGUAGAGAAACAGUGACCCAAGUUGAAGGUCAGUUUUCGAAUUAUACUGUUGGUGAAACUGAGCAUUCUGUCAAUUGUACUGACCGGGGCAGAUAUCUUUUAUGUGGCAAAGUGAAUCAUGAGCAGAACACUGGUCAAUCUGGUUCUCUGGAUUUUGAGACUAGUGACAUCUCCUUAGUAUUACCCAAAAAACCAAAGAAGAAAGGAUCAUCUUUUCGCAAGCUUUGGAGAUCCUCACUGUCAACUGAGGACUUCUGUAAAACAAUCUCGGUCGAUGAUAGUGGAAGAUUUUCAAAUGGAUCAACGUCUAAUGUGGAUGUUGUUUUUUCAGAGAAUGUACCAGCUGAAAGAGCACUAGCCUACCAAGAUUUUGUGAAUCACUGCUGCUCAGGUGGCCCAAGAAAUCCACACACUGCUCGAGCCAUGAAAGGAUGUAUUGAAUGGCCACGUGGAAUACCGAAGCAUGGUUUGAAGUCCAAGCUUUUGGAAGCUAGAAUUCAGAGCCAAAAAUCGCAAUUGCGCAGUGUGCUUAAACACUUGAAUUAGGUGGAAGGAUGGCUUCAGUUUGCUGGUUUAGGUAAUUGUAUAAACUUCAUGAAUCUCACGAACUAGUAGUUGAAUUCACAUGGUAAAGAGCUGCUGUAACAGUUUUGUCUCUUCAUUGCUGCCUCUUAAGUAUUUCAAUGAACUUCUAGAUAUCAUUAAACUGUAUCCACCCUAAAAUUACACGAAAUAUGUUUUAUUUUCAAAAAUUAUAUGUGUCAUUCUAUCAUUA